GGCUCCGCAGUCUGUGUCUCUCCACCGAGCAGGACACUCCGGCCAAGCCGCGGCACACUCGCUGAUCUGUCCGCUCGGGGCUCCUCAGCCAGGGCAUGCCCCGCCAUGUUCGACCUGAACGGAGGCUGGAACCUGUCUUUCGCCGGGUGCGGGUUUCUGGGGAUUUACCACAUCGGGGUCGCCAGCUGCCUGCUGGAGAAAGCGCCGUACCUCGUCAGAGGAGCCACGAAGCUGUACGGGGCCUCUGCCGGUGCUCUGACCGCCUCGGUGCUCGCCAGCCAGGCAUCAAUAACCAAAUGCUGUGAAGAUGUGAUCGAGGUGGCAAAAGAGGCCAGGAAGAGGAACCUGGGCCCCCUUCACCCUUCAUUCAACCUGGUCAAGGUGAUAAAGUCUGGCCUGAAUCGUGACCUGCCGUCGGACGCACACGUUCUGGCCUCGGGGCGGCUGUGUGUUUCGCUGACCAGAGUGUCUGACGGGGAGAACGUGCUGGUGUCAGAGUUCAGCUCCAAAGAGGAACUCAUCCAGGCGCUGAUCUGUAGCUGUUUCAUUCCCAUCUACUGCGGGCUGAUUCCUCCAUCCUUCAGAGGAGUGCGUUACGUGGAUGGCGGGAUCAGCGAUAACCUGCCGCAGUCGGAGCUGAAGAACACCAUCACCGUCUCCCCCUUCUCCGGCGAGAGUGACAUCUGCCCGCGCGACAACUCCACCAGCUUCCACGAGCUGUACUUCACCAACACCAGCAUCCAGAUGAACCUGGGCAACAUGUACCGCCUCAGCAGGGCCCUGUUUCCGCCAGAACCCAAGGUACUGGCUGAGAUGUGUCAGAGUGGUUAUAUGGAUGCUCUACGCUUCCUUGAAGAGAACAACCUGCUGAUGCUGCAGCACCCGACGUCGGGCCCCUCCCUGCCAGAGAGCCCGUCCGCCUGCUGCUGCGAGUACACGGAGACCACCAAAGAGUGGGUGCUCCGGAGGCUCCGCCUGCUGCGCAAGCAGCACUGGUGGCUGGAUGAGCAGAUCGUCCUGCCUACGCCCAUCAAGAAAGUGUUCUGCGAGGCCUGCCAAGACAAACCUGGCCUGUAUGCCAAGGUGUCCGAGAUGCUGCCAAUGAGAGUGGCCUCCUACAUGCUCAUGCCAUACACACUUCCUGUGCAGUCGGCCUACUCAGUGGCCCAAAGGUUUGUGGAGUGGAUCCCAGAGGUGCCAGCUGAUGUGAGCUGGCUGUUUGGGGUGGCAGGCAGCAUGUACCGACAGGCCUGGAAAGGAGCACCAGCCAGCUCCAUUAGUGAGGCGGGCCAGAGGAAAUGCCUGAGCGCGCCCCUUCUGCCUACAGAGUGCGACAGACCCACGCAGAGAGAUGACCCGCCUGCUCUCUCCUCCCUGGACCUCCACGGCAGCUACUGGGAGAUCCCCAAAUCUACCUCCUCUUCCUCCCACCAUCAUCCUCACAUCGCCCCAUCCUCUCCGCAGCAAGUCUGCUUCUUUGUCGGUUUGGAGGACGAACCCGGGAGCCGUGCACGGCAGGGGAGUGAUGCAGGACCUGCACUUUGACGAAGACGUGGUCAAAGUCCACUCUGUCUGUGAGGGGCUGGUGGCCAGUCCACACAGCACCAAGUUUAUCAUUACAUCCAAUGUUUUAAUACAACACAACGGUUUUAUGAUCUGUUUUAAUGUACAGCACAGAAAUUUCCUCAUUCCUGCACAGUUAAUUGAAUCAAGAUGUCUGUCCAUCCAUCUGCCUUUUUGUCCCUUCGAUUAUGUUUGUUGAUUUUUACAGUUGUGUGAUAUCUCCAGGCACCGUGCGACAGCUUUUUAGACGACAUGAUGCGACCUCUGACAGGUCUGCAUUUCUUAACAUACUUCAUCUCACCAGAAAGGGAACUUCUUAUUUCUCCACAAAUCAGACCAGUUUUGUUUUCCACAGUGUUCCCUCAGUGGCUUUUCAGCCCUGCCGAUAACUGGACAAAAGACUCAAGUAGGAAUAAACUAAAGUGUCCUUUAACUGAGAUGAUGUCAAAGACUAGACAGUAGAAGUCUAUAAUGAAACAAAUCUACCAAAUAAGACAGCCACUUUACUCAGUGGUCACAUCACUGACCAGUAUGUAGUUCCUGGUUAAUCUAGCCCAUUUUCUACACUUGUAGCGAGCAGCAGACCUCCCAAAUGAUAUAAGGAUAUUUUUUAUAUGACUUUAAAGCCUCUCUAGAGGCUGUUGUUAUGACGAAUGUCUGCCAAACUGAAACACUGAUGCUGACUGCUGAUCAGGAGAGUGCAACCAGUGUUAUUCCAGCAUCAGUGUUAUCAGAGUACAUGGUGUGACCUUCAGCUUGUAAAUCUCUUUUAUGUCUCAUAUCACUUGAAUGUAAAGUUAUGUUAAUGCAACUGUUAUGUUCGCUGACAAUUAAACAUUUUAAAUUGUCUGCUUUGCUUAUUUAACUGUCUUGUACCAGCUCUUAACUGAGCACACAGGAGAUCUCUACCUUUGCUGCAAAUGUGCUUCUAUGUAGCAAUGUAUGUAUCUAUGUAUCUUCAAUUUGAAUGUGAGUUUGGAGCUUUGGCUUUCCAAAUUUCCUUUUUUAUUAUAUUAUUGCAAAUCAUUGCUGAAAAUGAAUGCAAAUCAGAAUGAGAAUGUAAUACAACAAGCUCUCUCAACUAAGAAAAAUUGUGUGCUAUGUCCUAGUUAAAGAUUUUUCUAGUCAGUCUCUCCUCUGAAAGUACUGAUUCAAACUGAAACACAUGGCUGCUGUUCACAUUGCUUUCUAAAAUGUACAAUCCGUUUUGGUUUUCACAAUUAAUGGUCAUGCAUCUCCAUUUCAUAUGGGUUUC